AUUCUUGGGGCCAUCAUCCUGGCCAAGCUCUCCAUUGUGCCUGUGCGGAGAGGCUACUGGGGGAACAAGAUUGGCAAGCCCUACACAGUCCCUUGCAAGGUGACAGGCUGCUGGGGCUCUGUGUUAGUGCAUCUGAUCCCUGCCCCCAGAGGCACUGGCAUUGUCUCAGCCCCUGUGCCCAAGAAGCUGCUGAUGAUGGCUGGUAUUGAUGACUGCUACACCUCUGCUAGAGGCUGUACUGCUACUUUGGGCAACUUCGCUAAGGCCACCUUUGAUGCCAUCUCAAAGACCUACAGCUACCUGACCCCUGACCUCUGGAAAGAGACUGUGUUCACAAAGUCUCCCUAUCAGGAGUUCACCGACCAUCUUGUGAAAACCCACACUAGAAUCUCUCUGUCCAUAGAACUCAAGCUCCAGCAGUAGCUACAACAUAAGGGUUUUUACACAAGAGAAAUAAAAAUGAAUAAAGUCUGUCAAAAAAAAAAAA